AAGAAGCCAUUAUAUUUUUUAGAUAACUUAUAUUCUCUGAAUUCAAAUGAAGAGUUGGAUAGUGUGACUACAGGAAAGUCUGACAACAAAGUAAUCGAUAAUAGCAACAAUAUCAGCAAUACAGAAGUGGAAUCACAAAAUAAUUCAUGUAAACAAAGUCAUACGAGACAUGAAGAUAUACUAAAUUUAGAUAUAAAGCUAAAAUUAAUAAAGGAUAUAUUAGUUCAAAAAGAAUUUAAAACAUUAGAUUAUGGGCUUAAUAAAUUACAAAACUAG